AUGAAGAGAGUAAGGGAUGAGGCUCCUCCAAAGAAAACGGUUGAAUUUGAAGAAGCUAUUAGUUUUGUGAACAAGAUAAAGAAACGAUUCCAAAGUGAUGAGCAUGUUUACAAAUCGUUCUUGAACAUUUCCAAUAUGUACCGCAAAGAGCAUAAGGACAUAGGUGAAAUUUAUAGUGAGGUUGCUACCCUGUUUAAGGAUCAUCGAGAUUUGCUUGAGGAGUUCACUAGAUUCUUACCAGAUAGUUUCGCAGCACCUUCUACACAGCAUGCUCCGGAUGCUCGAAAUUCAUUGCAGCGCUUUAGUGAGCGGAGUUCUAUGGCACCCAUGAUGCGGCAAAUGCAAGUAUAUCGACGAAAGAGGCUUCCUUCUCAUGAUCGUGAGCGUGAUCUGAGUGUUGAACACCCUGAGAUGGAUGAUGACAACACAAUGAUGAACAUGCACAAGAAGCGGAGGAAACGUGAGAGUAAGGAUAUGAGGAUUAAUCGUGAUCAGGAUGAGAGAGAACCUGAUCAUAAUAACAGCAGGGAUUUGAACUUGCAGCGCUUUCAUGAGAAAAAGAAAUCUGUCAAGAAAGCUGAAGGUUUUGGGUUGGCUUCAGACUUUUCUUCUAAGGAAGACAAGGAUACCUUAAAGAACAUGUAUAGUCAAGCAUUCAGUUUCUUUGAGAAAGUUAAGGAGAAGUUGAACAGUGCUGAUGACUACCAAGCUUUCUUGAAGUGCCUUCAUAAUUUUUUCGUCAGUGAAAUAAUAAAAAGGAAUGAAUUGCAAAAUUUGGUAACCGAUUUACUUGGAAAGCAUCUUGAUCUUAUGGUGGAAUUCAAUGAUUUCCUGGAGUGUUUGGAAAAUAUUGAUGGGUUCCUUGCUGGUGUCAUGAGUAAAAAGUCACUAAGAUCAUCAAAGUUGGAGGACAAAGACAAAGACAAAGAGCAGAAGCGUGAGAUGGAUGGAGCUAAAGAGAAGGAAAGAUACAGGGAGAAGGAGUACAUGGGAAAAUCCAUUCAAGAACUUGACCUCAGUGACUGUAAACGUUGCACUCCCAGCUACCGGCUUCUACCUGCUGAUUAUCCAAUUCCUACAGCUAGUCAGAGAUCUGAGCUUGGUGCUCAAGUAUUGAAUGAUCACUGGGUAUCUGUGAGUUCAGGAAGUGAGGAUUACUCUUCCGAACAUAUGUGCAGGAAUCAGUACGAAGAGAGCUUGUUCAGAUGUGAAGAUGACAGAUUUGAGCUGGACAUGUUAUUAGAGUCUGUGAGUUCUGCAGCUAAACGUGCAGAGGAAUUAUAUAAUAACAUGAAUGAAAAUAAGAUCAAUAUGGAGACUCUGAACCGUAUUGAAGAUUACUUUACUGUUCAAAAUUUAAGGUGCAUUGAACGUCUAUAUGGUGACCAUGGUCUUGACGUUAUAGACAUAUUGCGUAAAAACCCAACUCGUGCGCUCCCUGUAAUAUUGACUCGACUGAAGCAGAAACAGGAGGAAUGGAGUCGGUGUCGUUCAGAUUUCAAUAAAGUUUGGGCUGAAAUUUAUUCUAAAAAUAGACUCAGCUGGUUCCUGGUGAGGAUCGGGCAAGGAAAGUAUGGAUCUGUUUCGUUGUGUAGGUCUCUUGUUGGCGGCGCGGAGUAUGCGUGUAAGACUCUGAAGAAGGGGGAUGAGACUGUUUACAGGGAGGUGGAGAUAAUGCAGCACUUGUCUGGGCAUCCUGGGGUUGUGACUCUGCUGGCAGUGUAUGAGGAAGCUGAUUGCUCUCAUCUGGUGAUGGAAUUGUGCUCUGGGGGAAGACUUGUCGACCAGAUGUUUAGGGAGGGCCCUUGUUCUGAACAGCGGGCUGCUAAUAUACUUAAGGAAGUGAUGUUGGUCAUCAAGUAUUGUCAUGAUAUGGGAGUUGUGCACAGAGAUAUCAAGCCUGAGAAUAUUCUGCUUACUGCUUCGGGGGAAAUAAAGCUUGCUGAUUUUGGCCUGGCCAUGAGAAUUUCUAAGGGUCAGAACUUGACGGGUUUGGCUGGGAGCCCUGCAUAUGUUGCACCAGAAGUGUUGUUGGGUAGAUACUCAGAAAAGGCGGAUAUAUGGAGUGCUGGAGUGCUCCUGCAUGCUCUGUUGGUUGGUGUUCUUCCAUUUAAAGGGGAUUCACAAGAAGCAGUUUUUGAGGCUAUUAAGAAUUCCAAGCUAGAGUUCCAAACCGGGAUGUGGGAAUCAAUAUCUAAACCUGCACGAGAUCUUGUUGGGAGAAUGCUGACAAGGGAUAUUUCAGCAAGGAUAACAGCUGAUGAAGUACUUAGUAAGUUUAUGGUAGAUUAUUAAUGUUUUGUAGCGUGCUUUAUCUCUCUUCCUCAAUGAUGAAUACACCAAAGACUAGUUGUAUUUGGUCUGAUUUUUUGUUUUUUAAUCUUGAAAUAAUUAAAAUUAGAAAUUUCCAAGUUUUGUUGAAAAGUAUCUUUGCCGUUCACAUGAAUUCUUAAUAAUUAGAAGGAUUGCCUUGUUUUGGUUGGGAUAACAGUGGUGGGAAUCUGUUAAUUCUCACAUACUUUUGUUAGUUUUUAUUAUGUGUUCUUCUAUGUGGUUGAGGCUCUCUUUUUCUCCCUAAUGUUUUUAAACAGGAAAUAAAAUGACAGUACUUUUAAGUUUUAAGAACUGUUCGAUUGUUUGCAUGUUAAAUUAAUAUUAUGUGGUUCAAUUUCAGGACAUCCAUGGAUAUCUUUCUACACAGAACGUACAUUGAAGAUCCUGCCCGUUGAAUCAAAGUUGAAGCACCAAAAUGGAGCUGCUUGCCACAACUUUGUUGCUGCACCUGAACCUAGGUUAGGAAGAAACAGGAUGGAUGAUGGGUUCCUUAAUGAGGUUUCAAGCCUUUCUUCAUCAUCUGAAAGUUGCAAUUCAGAAUAUCAUGAUG